CAAGAUAGCGAUACCAGAGUUAAAGUAACUCAUUGCACUUCCAUUGGGACUAUGGCGUAACUAAAUCAGCCUCCGUUCCUCUCGAGAAGCAAUUGGAACCGAUCAGAGAACCAAAAUGGCCCAGUCUCGUACGGGCGCUUGCAGAAUAGACGGCCACGAUUUUGUACCUGGGCUCCGCAAAAGCGACACGACGUUGGAGCAAGAGCCGCAGUCAGAAGGGCCAAAAGGGAAGGUGCAUGUCCAGUCCACUGCGAGGAAUGCGGAAGCGCGAAGACCUAUCACUGCUCCCCCAAUUUGAUCACGCCCUUCGGGUUUGGUGCCAAUCCAUUAUCCCUUCUAGAAGUCUGCCUCUCCCCGCUCAUAAUGAUCAUGAGGUCGGCCCUUCUAGUUAGUCUGCACUGCACUCCUCAUUUCCGUUUUCUCCCCAAGUCUGCAGGCGUUCGCAAGAGGAUUUUGGAGUAGAGGGCACGAGCGUGAGACGUCAUUGAUGGCUCGUAGAAGAACGUAGAGACAAAUUUUAAA